GUUGGCUUUUCUUCCCCGCUCAUCCCGGGUUAGUUUAACAUAACGCCCUUAUUGUCUUUCCUCACUUGCUCCUGGCUAACAGUGAUGAGAAUACGAGGUAUCAAAUUAAGUUAUCCUAAAUACCCUUUAAAACAUUUUGUAAUGUAUUUUCUUUGAUUUUAACUAUUUUAUACACAUUUAUUUGCUAUGUCUAAGUAACCAGUCAGUUAAUUCAGGUAACAAGUUAUCGCUACAACUAGCUAACUAGCUAGCAUUAUCACAUCAAGUUAUGCCUCAAGAGCAGGGAGCCGAACAGCUCCCGUUGGUAAGAUCUAUAGACAGUCGCAUACCAUCGUUUGCAGUGUUUUUGAACCGAAGUCCCCGAAUCGUGCGACCGUUAUGGAUUAAUUUCCGCGGGGUCCCUCAACCCUAUAAUACUAUACAGCCUGGAAAAGGGCUCAAAAUGACCACCUACGUAGGUCAUCCGUGGAUGUUUAGAGAUGCAGAGACAGACGAGCCAUUGAAAGCAAACAGUAAAGAUCUAUUCCUGCCCAAACCAAUGGAAAAUGGACCACCCGUUCAGGUUAACAUCACAUUACCAGUCCUCACCCUGAAGGAGCGUGCCCUCCAGGUAGUGCGACGCCUCGUCCGUCCAGAGAACUACAGAAGACUGGAAAUCGUAGGGAGUCUCCACGAGGAGCUGGAAGACCGUCCCAGUGUGCUAAAGGACUUGAAGCGCAUUUCCCAGCGUGUGGAACAACGCCUUCUAGAAGACCGGCAGCAAUCCCAGGAGGCAUCAGGAUAGGGGCUGUGUGUAUCAAGUGUCUUGGAGUAGGAGGAUAUUCAUGUAUAGAUAUCUCUAUAUGGCUCUGAUUCAGCUGUCUUUCAUAGUCCUGCAUCUGUCCACGUACUAAGUAUGUUCGGUGUUCUGAUUUUACACUGGGACAUCAAGCUUGAAUGCAAUGGUGUGGGGUGUACCAAGGUCUUCUCCAUGCAUUUAUCAAUUGCUCGGUAUUUACAGCUUUUGUAUGUUCAUUCAUUGAGUCAAUAAUUGGCACACCGAUUCAGUGGUUAUCUGCAAUUGAAACCUUAGCAAAUCGUACCCCCCCCCCACCAAUGUUGCGGUAUACAAGCUGAGUGGUUGUGCUGGGGAUAUGCAACCACAGGGUUGUUCCACAUCAAAAAGUCAAAGAAAGAGGAUUUUCUCAGAUUGUUCUGAAAUCAGUACUCUUGCAACGGUAAAGUCACUUGCACACAGACAGUUGGGUCGUUGCAAGAACCGAGUUCGAAUCCUCCUUGCGGGUUAGCCUAUUGGCCAACAACGCCUGAGUUUUGACAGGUUAGUAAUCGAAUAUGGUUGCCUUGCCUUGUUGUACUCUGCUGAGUCCUUGUGGCAGUGUAAGGUUUGUUUAAAGACUUCUGAGUUGAGCGAGCAGCUUGAUGAAACGUUUUAUUGUUUGGUGUUAAGCAAAAAGUAUUUGUUAACCUUGACGCCUUAACUGACAAUCACAUUAAUACAUUUGUUUAGUGCAUAAUAUUUCAUCAUUACGUUUAAAGAUGUUAUAUGUAUAGAUUUUGUAUGAGAUGUAGGUAAAUGUAAUUGCCUUUUCACGGUUCUUUGAGAAAUAUAUAUGUAUCUUUUGCAAUGUUUAUUAUUUGUAAUAUAUUCAAAAUGCAUAAGA